AUGGCAAGCCAAUCCUUUUCUUCUCGUUCUCCACUCUAUUAUGACAACAAUAUGCCUAUUUACACGGAAGAUGACAGUGUUGCACGAAGAACCUAUUUAAUGGAUGAUGUUGUUCGGCCCAGCGAAAUAAUCGGCGAACAUUAUGAUGGAGUAUGUUACAUGGAUAAACUGAAGGCAAAAUCGACGCGAAAUCGAGAUAAAGCUCGAGCAAUUGUUGAUCCUUUUACAAAAGAGAACGCAGAAGAUUUCACGGUGAUCUGGCUCGACGAUACAUUAGACACAGAUGAACGUGAUGUGCGUGGUCUUAAUGCUCUCCGCGAAGUGGCCUAUUUUCUUCGUACUUUUACCAAUCCAGACUCCUGUCAAGCUUAUGUCGAAAGCAUACCCAAAGAAACGGUAUUUUUGAUUACUUCUGGAUCAUUGGGUCGAACAUUUGUACCUCUCGUCCACGACUUACCACAGAUUCGAGCUAUAUAUGUAUUAUGCCAUCGCAUCAGCGUGCAUAUACAAUGGGCCUCCGAGUUUGCUAAAAUACGUUCGGGAAACAUUUUUAACCGCGUACAAUCGCUUGUAGAACGACUGAAAAUCGAUUUAUACAAGUGCCGAUAUUCUACGGGUAUUACGUACAAAAUUGAGAGAUCGGUUAUCGAUGUUCACGACAAAAAAGCAGACUUCAAAUGGUCGUGUCUAUUAGUGCAAACACUCAUCCGGUCAUUGCGUGAUGAGAGAGCGCAUCGUGACAUGAUAACAUAUUUACGCGAAUACUACAAAAACAGGUAA